AUGUUUCUGGCCAAGAGCAUCAUGUUCCUCGGGGUCAUUGGCAGCAUUGCCGAGGCCAGUUCUCCCUGGACACAGUGUGGAAAGGUCGACAUCCUCUUCACCGGCCUGCCUGCCUACCACCCGCUGGUUACGAGCCAGGGCUUCGACCCCGCGGUUGUCGAUGCCGCUCUCAGGGAAGACGUCGCCAACAUUCCAUUCCUAGCUAACAAUCCGGGUGGCAAUAUCACGGCAGUUGUCUUGAUGGGCCCAGAGCAGAACAUGUCCGUCCUCGCCGAGCAGGCACAGGGCGUGAGCUGGGCUGGUACGGGAGUUGGCUUCGGCGUCAGGGGCGGGCAUACGCCCGAGCUCACCGUGCGGCUCGAGAACAUCAUCGAGCUGUACCGCGAGCGCGUCCCGCGAGCGCAGCUUCUGUUCGACUACUCGCCAAGUACCGGGCUCUGGGCCAUCGAGCGCCACUUCCCGCUGGCCAGCAACUGCACGGGAUCGCCGGGCAAGGACUUGGCAGGUAGGCUGCACGUGCAGGAACGAUUGCGUGGGCUAUUCGAAAAGAAGCAGAGUCGCAUCUUGACGUUACAUCCGUCGCCGUCGCCGUCGCCGGACCCAGACCCGACAAUCGAGUGCAAACCCAAGACAGUCGAUCUCUUGAACAACGCCGAGGUUUCAUACGAAGCCUUGGAGCAGGGCGCCCAGGUGCAGAUGAUGAACGAGGUCUAUGUACGGGCGACUAGAACCGUAUCCUGGCUGGGGGAGGCUGCCGACGAGAGCGAUGCCGCUAUGGAACUUAUACGGACGCUGAGAGACUGGGUGCGGGAGCAUGCUGAUGCCAUUUGGGGCGACGACGACGACGACGACGACAACGACGACAACGACGAGCUGCCGGAUGACGGGUCAAUCCAGACGGCCACCGACGACAACGACGAGCUGCCGGAUGACGGGUCAAUCCAGACGGCCAUCGACGCCAUCGAAUGGCUUGGCUUCCCGUUGCAUUCCUAG